AUGUCCGUUGUUGGCUUUGCAGCUGCGGGAUCGAUACAAGGUGGUCAAACCUUGUCACCCGUUCAGGUUCUUGAUGAAUGGUGUACAAACCUGACGACACAUCUCAACACAACUUUGGAAGAGUUUGUAAGUGAAGUAUAUAUAUAAAGAAGACUUCGUGGAAAGUGAAGGCGUACGAUAUUUACACAAGAGUUUUUGACGCAUCAGAAAUCGAACGAGUGAGCAUAGCGAACGAGUGAGAUUUCUGUUACAAAGACAACGAGUGCGUAAAUACCGUACGAAGCACUUUCCAUGUGGUUUAAUUGUGUUUACCCCCUUUCCCAAGUCGGGCGCGUCUAAUUUUCGCUUUGUUCGUUUUAAUACGUCCCCACUAUACUAUCUGAGAGCCUGUGGCACAGGCUAAUUAUAUACAUACUGAGACAGUCAUCAUCUUGGCGGCCUUUUUAUUUCAAAUCUUUCCAAAAUGCUAAAGUUUACCUCUAGUACACACCGCGAAAUGACAACAAAAUCGAAGUAUUAGCUAUAUUAGUAAAAACGUUGGUUGAAAAUAUAGUGAAGGUAAGGAUAUGAGGUAAUGCAAGAACUACAAGGGCGCUUUCCAUUCAACAAAAAUCCGGCUUGAAAUUUCGGUAAUUUCUCGUGCCCAUGCAAUGGAACGGUACUUCCGGUUGCACAGACCAGACCAGAGCCAUCGCGCGUUUUGUUAUUGUUCUUGUAAGCAGGAUACAAAAAAGGAUCGUACUGGGACAACAAUUUUGUCAAAUGGAAAAGGACAUUUCGGUCUGACCGACCGAAACGACCAGACCGGUCAAAGUGGACCACCUUCAAAGCUGGUUCCGAAUAUUCUGGUCGGACCAAACCGAAAUGGUCCGUUCCAUUUGAUGUACCAACCGAAAUUUCCGGAAUUUUGGUUUGAAUGAAAAGGGCCCCAAGUAAUCUUAACUGUUUAACCUGAAUGCACCAUUGAAAAUAAAUGAAUUUAAGCUUAAGCUUAAGUAUCGUUCUGUUUUCCCUUUCUGCUAUUGUUUAACCGGCUCUCUAAAGUUUUCUUCAUCGACAGUGGAACAAACCUCUGAACAAACUCCAAUUUCCGAAAUGUUUUUCACUUUUUUUACGAGAAAAACUGUUCGAGGAAAAUGUCUGCGAAGCGGCGCUGCAAGGUGCAAGCGCCUACAAAAGGCGAGAAUUUUGGCGCGAAACUCGCACACCUUUGUCGCCUCUGAUUGGACGUAUCAUUUUUCUCGCACGUGAUCUUAUUGGACGUAUCAUUUUUUUUCACUUGUGAAAACCAUCGAUCGCUUCUCUGAUCGGCUAGAACUCAUUUGCGUAUGAAAACUUACGACAUAGCUUUUUGGUGGGUAUUUCUCAGUAUGUAUGUAAUAAAUAAUUAAAACAAGUACAAAUGGCAAAACUUCGAUGGUUCUAUUUUGAGGGCAUAAGAAAAUCUACACGAGCCAUGAGCUAUAGCCUAUAGCUUGCAGCUCCUGUAAAUUUUCUUCUUGCCUCAAAGUAAAACUUUCGCCAAGUUUUACCAUUUGAUCGGAUCAUCAGUUGCAAAAGCCAGGCCAAGUUCGUGUACUUGCAGGCUAUCAGAUGUUUGCGGAAAAUCUGAUAUAUUUUUCAUCCCUUUUGCUCAUUACUAAAUUUUGUUUUGAAUUGCAGUGGUAUACUUUCUCGGAUUUUCGCUACUCUCCGAUCGCAAACUUUAACUAUGUACUGUAUUUUUUAUCUUAGGGAUCUAUCCCUUUCAAAAGAUCAAUGGGAAGUUCCUACAUUUCAGCCUCUUCGGGAGUGACGGUGAGUGCAGCGCUUCAAGACAAUGAAAGAUACCUCAAAGCUGCUAAGUAAAACAGUGAAAGCGACAGUUAACCCACCUUAUAACUUUGACAGAAGAUAGAUCCGUGAAACGCACCAAUCACAUUUAGAGUCUUCAGCCACAACCAAUAACAUUACGGCUUACUUGACAGACGACCAAUAACAUCGCAAAAUAAUUGACCAAAGCGGUCAAUAACCAGAGAUUAAUUCCAUCAAAUGACCUGAUACAACUCACUUUGAAUCUGAAGAUGACUACUGCACAAGUUUUCCAAAACGUCAGUUAUGAUCACUGUCAACAACAGUCCUAUUCAGGGCUUUACUCGACCGAACGAUCACAUUCCACCUAUAGUUACGAAGAUAUAGUGGUAUAGUAGAGAUUACUGAUCACGGAUCUUUCUUCUCCCUCAGGUAUUGCAGAGGUUGACUUUUGACUUGAAUCAUAUCAGAAUCUACUCUUUAUUGCUUAGUCAAAUUCCAAGUGUCAUGACAGGUCCACAGUUUGAUCUGUGCUUGAAGGAUGGUGUUCGCCUCCUGUCAGGACUAAUUAUUGGUAUGGAUAUGGCGGUAAGUAAUUCAUAUCUCAAAGCUUAAAUUUCAGUUUAGAACUCCUUCAAUUCCAGUGUCAACUGGCGCUUAAAGUAGUUUUUAGGACUCCUCUUCGACUUUGAUCGUUUCUUUUUUUUCCAAUUUUAGAGCUAGACCACGUAAUGCGGAAACUGUUUUCAAAUUUUGUCUCAUUUGCAUACCUAUGAAAAAAGGCUAAAAGCAAAUUUCCUUGAAACCGUCACAUGACCUGAAAUGGGGCAGAAAUCUGUUUAUUGCUAUGACACGUUAUUUACAUAAUAUAUAAUAUACAUCAUUGCCUAGAAACUCAAUGUCUAAAUAAUACAAACGAGAGAUGCGCCAAUGACAUGUAAAUCGUUUCUUUCCCACGCUUUGCCUGUUGGUUUCAGGCUCAACAACGCCCUGUUUUUUAAUCGAGGUUAAAACUUUCCUGGUUCCUCAAUGUAUUGUGAAUAUGAUUUAUCAACAGGGUUUUUAAUUUAUUUUAAAUGAGUCCCCCCCCCCCACCCCCACCCCCACGAAGAGAAAAAGAUGAACGACCGCUGUGAAAAUUCCAAAUCAUCGUAGUACGCCAUCUUAAUAACUUUAAGAUCUUAUCAGUUGUCACUAUUUUCUCUAUUUCUCACGAUAGGAAGCCUACUUAAACGGUACUUCUUCAUUUCCGCCCCAGUUCCUUCAUGCGAAUAAGCUCAGCAGCCCAGCUCGAUACCAGGACCUCAGUCGUGAAAUGGCAGUGAUUAAAAGUCAAAUGAGAGAACUGGUCAUUAUUAUUGGCAAUAAUAUGUUUUCCAGCUCAGCGCACGUUGUUAGUGUAUAA